AAAUGGUCCUAACUCCUAACCGCGAUUUUUGUGCUAAGUAGCUCCCCAUUCCAUAUGGCAUUCAUGUUCAUCAACUUCCCCCUCCAACCUACUUGAUAGCUCCCUUUCUACCACCUCAAAAUCCCUUCUUUCUUUUUCUCAUUCUUUUCAUCAAAGCCUUCUAUCUCAAAACAUUGUACCCCAUGGAAACCUCUUCAUUUGAAGAACAAAUCAUUAUUUCCAAAGAAGACAUUGUUCACAAAACAAGUUAAAGAGUGAGAAGAAGAAGAAAAAGGGUUCUUUUUAGGAGAGGAGAAACAACAAAUCAUGGGUUGCUCAGCUUCCAAAACCACCACCAUUGUUGCCAACAGAAAUCCAGAAAAUCCCUCUCCUUCUGCUUCUCUUGCAUCUUCUUCUUCUUCCUCAUCUUUUUCUGCAUCAUCAUCAUCCUCUUCUUCUAAAUCACAAUGCUCCAAUUCUUCACCAAAACCUCCAAGAGCUCUGUCUCUCCCAAUGCCUCUAGUCCACCACCCUCCCACCAAAAAGGGUGACACCCAUCACCUUGUUUCCCUCACCUCCACUACCUAUGGUUCUCUUCUUAUGAUUGACCAAAAAGUUCCCAAAUUUAGCCACAAGGACCCUCAUCUUGAACCUCUUCUCACCAAAAGCUUCCAAAAGGGGUCAAACCCAAAAGAGUCAGAGCAUGCUCUGUCUCCAGACUCUGUUAUCAACACAUGGGAACUCAUGGAUGGUUUGGAUGAAGAUUCACAUGAAACCAGUGCAAAGCUUCAACCUUUUAUCAUCUCAGAGAAACCCAGUUCAUGCAGGUACACAAUGUUUGAUGGGUCUGCAAAAAGGAGGCUCCUUGAUACCUUUGAAUCACUGAAAGCUUCAGAAACAUCCAUGGAAAAAGAAAAACCAUCUUCCCCUACCAAGAAGCCUCUUUGGCAGCAUUUAUCAGAGGAAGCUUUGCUUGCUAAGCUGGAUCCAAGUGUGGCAUGGAGUUACCGGAGAGCAUUGUCAUCUAGGCAACUUGGUAGGAACAACCUAAGCAGAGGUGUGAGGUCAAUGGGGUCUAGUCCUUUGAGAACUUCCACUGCAUUUGUUGAAAAGUUGUUCCUUUUACCUGGUUCUGAAGACAGGGUAGUGGUUUACUGCACUAGUUUGAGAGGGAUUAGGAAGACCUAUGAAGAUUGCUGUUCAGUGAGGAUGAUUUUGAGAGGGUUCAGAGUUGCUGUUGAUGAGAGGGACAUUUCAAUGGACUCAUCUUACAGGAAGGAGUUGGAGAAUGUGCUUGGUGGGAAAGCAGUGACUUUGCCUCAGGUGUUUAUCAGAGGGAAACAUGUUGGAAAUGCAGAGGAGUUGAAGCAGAUGAAUGAGUCUGGGGAAUUGGCAAAGCUUUUGGAAGGUUUUCCCACUCAGGAUCCUGGGUUUGUGUGUGAGAAUUGUGGAGAUGUCAGGUUUAUGCCAUGUCCUAAUUGCAAUGGGAGCAAGAAGGUGUUUGAGGAGGAAGAUGGAGUGUUGAGAAGGUGCCCUGAUUGUAAUGAGAAUGGCUUGAUUAGAUGCCCCAAUUGCUGCUCAUGAUGAUUUCUGGUGGUGAAAAUUAUUGAUUGUUUGUUAUCCUUGAUCUCUUUAUUAUCAUUUUUUUGGGUUCAAUUUGUCAUGAUAAAUUGUGACUGUUAGUAGUAACUAUGAACUAUGAAUGCAUAUUUCAAUUUCCUUCUUUGUGUUUUAUUGUUAUUGUUUAUUUCA